CGUGAAAGCCAAAAGUCUUGCGGUCAGUUGGCUAGAGUCUACAGACAUUGUACAGUUCAUUGGAACACCAACAUCAUGGCUUUAACGUGGAAUUUGCUGCUUGUUGGUGUGUUCGGAUCGGUAUCUUCCCAAUACUACAUAGCUGAUAUAAAUAUGGCUGGAAUUCAGGGGACCAUGGAGUUCAAUACCUCUUCUCAGUGGAUCCAGAUAAAUUUGCAGGCGGACUGCAGCCAGUUUAUGAUUUCUUUCCACGAAUUCCCAGUUAUGUACAGUAAUUCCGAGAACCCCUGCGACCACUCAAACAUUGGUAAGAAAAUUUAUGGCUUCAUGGCGAAUGAUACGACCACGACACUGAUGGAGAACGCCCUCUUCCAGAUCAAAUCUGACCUCUCGGAUCUAUCAGUUACCAUAGACGACUGUCGAAACCAAAGUAAAGCGUGCGCCACUGUAAAGAAAGUUGGGAACACAAAGACCUGGCAAGGGAAAUUUUUCACCUCCGUAGCCGGAGAUGUCUACAUCCGCCAGAAUGAUGAUGAGAACUCGUCAAGAAUAUUGACCGAUCUGAUGGCGAAUGACAGCAGCAAGGUGGGAAUGGAAGUAUCUCUCUAUCUGCAAGUAGGGGCCGAGAACUGUACCCUACCGGCACAGACCAACGGGACAGACACUUUGUCUUUGCUCGGCAAAUUCAAAGUGGGCAACCCUUUAAACCCUGUAAAAAGUCGCAAUGAUGGAGUCACUUUACCAAACAGGACCCCCAAACAAUUUCUCCACAUGCACGACGGCAUUGAGUGGUCUUGCACCGAAAUUCGGCAGAUGGAAGCAAAGCAAGUCUGGGCUUAUAUCGAUAUGGAAGCUGCCAAAGGAACUUUCACGUUUCGUCAGGUUUCCCCAUUUGAUAUCACGAACUACACUGUCUCUCUGAUGAAUCUGCGAGAGAUGGCCAGUGCCUACCACGUUCACAAUUUCCCUGUGCCUCAGCGCAGUAGUCCUGAAGAUAAGCUUUGUGGGAAUGAUAAUCUCGGAGGGCAUUGGAAUCCAUUUAGGAAGGUUGCUUCCAGUCCUUCCUAUCCCCAAAACACAAAUGAAACCCAUGAUCAAUAUGAAAUAGGGGACUUGAGUGGAAGACAUGGCUUUUUAAAUGGGCUGAAGAAUUAUGAAAUCACCUUUAAGGACUGGAAUCUCCCAUUGUUUGGGAAGAAUAGCAUUAUUGGGCGUUCUGUGGUAAUCCACCACCCAAAUUCAUCACGAUGGCUGUGUGCUACAAUUGGAUACCCUGGUGAAGUCAUAACAGCAGUAGCCAUAUUUAAGAGCCCAGUGGCAGGCAGAAUCAUUUUUCGACAGCUGAAGAGCAAUCCCUAUUCAGACAUAUCCAUCUUUAUGGACCUCUCUUAUACCAACUCAUCUGUUCCUACAUCAGCUGAUCACCUUUGGCAUAUUCAUGAGUAUCCCAUAAGCUCUGAACUUGAUUCUGACUCAAAUAUUUGCUUAAGUACCAAGAUGAUUUUUAACCCUUUCAAAGUAGAUGUUGGUAGUCAAUAUCGCACUGAGUGUGGUCCAGCCAGCCCUUUCCGAUGUGAAGUUGGAGACUAUGCCAAGAAACAUAAAGCCAUAAAUCUCACCAACCACACCAAUGCAGUUGACACCAAGUUCUUCUUUACGGACACCACAUCAACACUUGCUGGGCCAAUGUCCAUUGUUCCUCGAUCAGUGGUCAUUAAUAAUGCAAAUAACGCAACCUCUCACUUAGCUUGUGCUAAUGUCACCUUUCUUCGCCCAACUUCACUGGAAACUGAUUCAUGGAGGGGUGUUGAAAAUGGAAAUGGAAAUGUUGCAUUCAAACAACUUUCUGAUUUAGAUCGUACUGUUGUGCAGGUUAACUUAACAGAUCUGAAUGGUGAAGCAGGAACUUACAGCAUCCACACUCUUCCCAUCAAAGCUAGUUUGCCUAACACAGAUCCCUGUUCUUUUACUAGCGUUGAAGGCCGUUACAACCCAUUCCAUGUGAAUGGAUCUUUGUCCCCUGAGCCAGGCAAUGGUACAGUUGACCAGUAUGAAGUUGGCGAUAUCAGUGGGAAAUUUGGAACACUGAAUGAGCUGAACCAAACAACUGAAAAGUACAUGGACAUGAACAUGCCCUUGUUUGGACCUCACAGCAUUGUAAAACGUUCUUUGGUUAUUUAUCGGACAAAUGGAUCACGUUUACAAUGUGCAAAUCUGCUUGCUGUGAAGGCUACAGAUGGAGAGUAUAUCCGAGCCAAAGCAGUGUUUACUGGUAUGGUGAAGGGAACAAUGACUCUGUCACAACAGGUCUUUGCAGAUGGCAGUUUGAGUGACACAACAAUGGAAAUAGCCCUUGAGGCAACCAAGGCUAAUGCAGGUGGUACUAAUGAUCUAAUGUGGCAUGUUCAUACCAAUCCUCGACAGUACAGUGAGAACUGCAGUGAUGUAGGAGGACACUAUAAUCCUUACAAUAUAGAUACCGGGGCCAACUACCAGUUCAGUUGUUCUUCAGCCUAUCCUUUGCGCUGUGAAGUGGGAGACCUAGAAUCCAAACAGGGCCUUCUUAGUCUUGGGAAGAGACAAUUGAUGAAUGACAUCAAUCUGCCACUUUACGGAGAUUUUACUGUUGUGGGCAGGUCGGUGGUGAUUCACAAUAAAGGGCCUAGUAAAACCUUGAUGGAUUGUGCUGACAUUGUUGCUGAUAAUCAAAUGAAGUCACUUGUUUUUCCAAAAGUGGACUCAUUCAGCAGGUAUGAAUUCCGCAGUACCGUUGCUGAUGUUCUGGGGAUUCCUAUCUGGCGAGUAACUAUACUACCAGGGAGCCCAUCUGCAGCCAGUACAAAGGGAUGCCAGAAAAUCAGCUUCUAUAUGGCAGGAACUAUUGAUGAGAGCAAACUGGUCAAUUUAGAUCAACAAGAGAAACUUGGUAAAUUCAAGGCUUCCAGCAAAUGUACAUCAGAUCCUAGUGGGGUAGCUCCAGGCCUUCUCCUGAAUGUCGAACAAAGUAUUUUCUGGAUACUGACUCUGAUGUUGCAGCUUGUCGUGUACACUGUAUUUGAAUAAUUGCAUUGCAAAUGAUAUCAGGCAUUUGCGUCAGCACCUCCAUCUGGUCCAGAAUGCUGGUUUCAUGACAAAAACAAAUCAUGUAAUGCAUUGCAUUUAAAUAAACCCAGGGGUUUUACUGCUGUUGAUUUCCUUAGAUUGCACCAAAUGGUCCAUUCUUAGACUUGCACUUUAUUUUCUUAUGAAUCAAUGUGUUGUGCCUUGAAAUUUGGAUCUUCAAAUAUUUAGCAUAUGAAUACUUAAAGUUUUUAAGAAAUUCAUUUGCCUGCUAUUUUAAAGAGGCAGGUUAAUACCUCUGUUAAAACAGCAGAGAAAGAAAUGUCAUAUCGAUACAGCAAGCAAUCGUGCACUAAUAUUCAAAGAUUUGUAAUUUUAAGGCAUCAGAGGUCUAAGGCAUCAUAAAAUAAUGAACUCAGAGAAAUGUGUUUUUGGUAAAUAUUAUACAGUAUGGCAAAUAAGAACACAUGCUUGAAUAAAAUUCAGGAGUAUGUUCUAAACUGAAUGUUACAUGAACAGGUAGGAAAUUGGCCACAUCUUAUUGGAGAGAAAUUGAACAGUUAUUUAGUUCUAAAACUAUAUUGGUAAAAGUAGCACAUAUUCAACGCAAUGAAGAUUCAAGAUGAGCCAUGUAUAAAAUUCAUAUGCAGUUUGAUUAAUGUAAGUGUAUGACACUUGCGUAGUGAAUGAUUAAAAAGGAUAUGUGUACCUAAUUAAGAUAGCCUUCACAUUUGACUUGAAACCCCAUUAUGGUAUUUGUAUACAUUGUACUGUAAAGUUGACUUCCAUAGUUUAUUCAAUUUAAAAUCUAUUUCUGUGCCCAUGUGAAAGAUUAAAAAAACAUAGGUUUAUAUAGUGCCUUUCACAAUCUCAGGACCCGUCCCAAAGUGCUUUACAGCCAUUGAAGUACUUUUGAAGUGUAGUCACUGUUGUAAUGUGGAUAUAAUCAGACAUUCUGACGUGUCUGUGACAUUCACACAAAAAAAUUGCCCAUUGAAUCAUAGAAAUUACAGCAUUCAACCUGUUCCACUGCAAAUACUAGCUUAGAUUGGAGCCACCUGUACUAAUCCUAUUUUGCCAUCCUUUCCUGUUCUUUAUAACCUUCCUUUUCACACAUUUAUCCUAUUCUUUGAAUUAUUACAAUCUCUGCUUCAAUAGCUACUUGCGGUAAAAUUUUAAUAACACUUUGUGAGAAGAUUUUUCUCCAGUGUUCCCCUUCAUUCUUCCAGUGAUAAUUCUGAACCCCUGUCCUCUUUUUAUUGAAUCCCCAACCUUUCACUGUUCACUCUCUCAAGCUCUUUUAUAAUCUUGAAAACUUCCAAUAGAUUGUGCGUAACUUUCCCUGUUUCAGUGAAACACAAUUGCCAAAAUUUUGAGCCUUUCUUGCUAAGAUUAAUCUCUUUUUCCAGGUACAUUGCAAUGUUCUUUCCUUUCAAAUAACUUUCCUUUAAUAGGUUGCUCAGACACAUAUAUGGAUUUCAGCUGUGACAUACCAACGUCUUGUUCCACAUCACUUUUUUUUGUGUUCAAUGCCUCUAUUUACAACCUGAAAUGUGCCUUUUUAUGUCUGUUUAUCUUCACUUGCAUCAUCUUUAAAAAUCUAUUUAUCUGCACUCUUAGAUCAUUUCUAUUGUUCCAUUGUAUUCAGAUUUUUCUGGUUAGACUAGACAUCUUUUAACUGUCCUCCACACUCGACACCACAAAAUGUACUGCUUGACAUUUCUCUGUAUUGAACUACAUCUAUUUCCAUUCAAGUCAUUAUUCUGACUUGUCUAUGCAUUUGCAAAACUAUUCAUCACAGCAGCCAACUUCAUUCUUCCUUUGGUGUCCAUGUCUAAGUCACUAAUAAAAGUUGAAAGCAAGAUAUCGCAGCACAGAUCCAAUUAUCCACAGAUUAUGGGUGCACCACAACCAAAAUACAUCUGUUUACUUUUAUAUUCCCCUUAAAACUAAUCAUGCACCUUAAUCUUCAUAACUAGUCUCUUUUGGAACCUUAUUAAACACUUUCUGAAAAUCCACAUAUAUGGCUUCCACUACAUUCUCUUUAUCUAUAUGCUCUGUGAUUUUCUAAGAAAAAAUUAAAUUUUUCAAGCACAAAGGGCUGAAUUUUUCAGGUCCCAAUCCCGUCAUCAGGAGGAAGUGUGGAUUGGGAACCCUGAGAGGCCUCUGAGACCCCUGUCCAACUAAGAACGAAGGGUGGGCUCCUGAGGCUGGAGGGUCAAUAAGAAGCUGUUCAGCUGCUGCCAAUGUAGUUAAGAGAAAGAGAGGGGAGAUAGUGAGGGUAUCUCAAGAUGGAGGUACCCUCUGAAGAAUCUUCAAAACGUUAAAAUAAUAAGCUGCCACAACUGCCAGAUAGAUAUUUUGGAGGGAGGUCAGCCUGCAACUGCAGCUGUGUCCCUAUGGUUAUUGUGACUGAGGAGGCUUAACUUUAAUGAUGGAGUGCUGGUCUCCUGGACUGCCUCCAUUCAUUGAUAGGUUACAGCCUCAGCAGAGUGCCUGCAAGUUGACUGGAAAGGUUUGUGAGCAGGUAGGUGGCAUCCUCCUGAAGCAGUCUGUUUCAAAAUGGCCCUGAGACUCGAAUGUGCUGGCAAACCGGCAUGCUGGUUAACAGUGGGAAAUUGUCGGCCCACCUCUGCAGCCGAAUGAAACAUGUCCUUUACACGAUUAGAUCAUGUGUCUGCAAGUCUUCACUAAUUUUUCGUUACAAUCUUGUAGUUUCUCUACAACUGAGGUAAGACUCUGGCUUCUAAUUUCCUGACUUUGCACUUUAUUCUUUCUUGAACAGGUAUGUAACAAUUGCAAUACUCCAGUCCUUUGAACAAGACUUUUUGAUAGUUAUGGUUAGUGCCCAUGCCAGCUCCUUUUCAACAUCUCUGCAGUAUUCAGCGAUAGUUCUACUUUUGGCCCCAUUGAAUAUUUAUCUGCAGUAACGAUUAGUCCAUAUCCUCUUUGGUUACUCCUACAUUCCUUUUUCACCCAUCUCUGUGAAGUUAAAGGCAAACUAUUUUUAAGUACAAGAUGAUCUGUAUCCCAUCUUUAACUAUCCUGCCAAUGUGCCUGUAAUAGCUCUUCCCUUUCAUAUAGACUGCCAUAAUCGUUAGCCUUUUAAAUCUCUCUUUUUAAUGAUUGAUAUACUGCAACUUUAUCCAGUUAAAAUUUUAGUUGGUUAUGAGGAAGUUCAAUGCCAGGGAAUAUUGUCCAUGUAUAUAUAUUUUAUUUUGUCAAUAAUGGUUCACUGAUUAUAGAAACUAUUCCAUGAGUUUUUGAUCCCUAUAGUUUAGCCAAAUUAUUUGCUCGCAAUCUUUUUAUCCUGCUUAUACCACAUUUAUUAGUGAAAUUAAUAAAAAAGCUCCUGAGAAAUAAAGCAAUCCUGGAGCAAUCAAAAGUACAAUAUAAUUUUCAGUAACACAAGUUAUCCUGACAGAACUCUGUAUAUAUUUACCAAAGUACCUUUGAGCUCAUUGUAGAUUCAUCCAUUUUGGUCUUAAUGUUUUGCUUUUUGUUAUAUUUGUUGCUUAAACUAAAAAAAUGUUGCAUUUGAAGUUGAUGCUGUGCUAUCCAAAAUUAAUCACUUAGGCUAACAGAUUUUAUGUACAGUCAUUGAUUUUUUUUUAAUGUAGAUCAGAAUAUUGUCCUUUUCUUUUUAAGGAGCUUCAAUGUUGAUUAGCCAGUUUCAAUUGGUUAAAUUCCAUUAGUAAGUGACUUAUCGGAGAAGCAAUGGGAAAUAAUCUGUAUUGUAAUUAUCUUUGUAUUGCAUAUUUUAGAUGUCACAUGACAUAAAUAAUUUGGGAAUUUG